AUGGCGAAAGCACUCGUAUUGCUCGGCUUUGCUGCCACAAGUUGGGCAGCUACAACAUUCGUUCAAGGUGACCCUGCCAGGUUCACAUACAAGCACAUGACUACCCCGUUCUCUGGUCCUUGCGAUGUGUCUGAGGGCACUGACGGCCAUGUCUACAUUCAAGAGCUCUUGGCAAACCAGAUAGCACGCUAUAAUCAGAACACUGGUGAGCUGAAGGAGUUUCCCAUCCCAUUCACAACCCCCAUCUUCCCAAAUCAGACCAUACCACUGCCAUCGCAGGCCAAAGCCGUCCUUCUGGCCUGCGCGAUCCGCAAUGGCUACGAUGGAAAGAUGUACUUCAGCAACGGCCUCAGGAAUCAGCUCGUUCAGUUCGAUGCGAAGACGGAGAACAUACAAGUCUUCACCCCGCCAACCAGCAUGAACACAAUCGCCAAAUUUGACUACAUCACCAAACAAUUCAAGUAUUUCGACAUCCCAACGCCUCUCUCAAUCCCGCUUGGUAUCUAUCACGCCAAGGAUGGUGGGAUCUGGUUUCUUGAGUUCGGUAUGAACAAGAUUGGACGUCUUGACCGAAGUACUGGCAAGAUUGGGGAAUGGUCGGUCCCACUGCCGAACGGCGCUUCGCCCGUGGUGAUGCGUGCCGAAACACAAGCACCCAAUGGAGACUACCUUCUCUGGUUCGCGGCAUUCACUGGAAGUUCGCUUUGCUCGAUCAAUCAGCGCACGAAACAGAUCGUGUGCUAUCCCGAAAACGUCGCCUCAAAUGCUCAGCAAAUCGCACAAGACUAUCAUAACAACGUCUGGAUCUCGCACACCCUACAAAACACGCUCGGUGUGUUUAACGCAAAGACCAAAAACUUCACUGAGAUCAUCAUGCCGGGUACUGUUGCUGCAACGCCAGUCAGCGCACCUGCCUACGGAGGCACCGGAAUAUAUUGCAGGCCUGUUGGAAAUCCGUUCACAAGAGGCACAGGUAAUGCCAUUUGGUUCACGCAACUGACCUUGAAUCGACUGGUCCGGUAUGAUUUAA